CCUGCCUGUAUAGUGUGUGUGUGUGUGUGUGUGUGUUCAGAGUAAACUUAAAGGACACUGACAGGAUUUCGGGUUGAAAUCGCUUUUUUUCUCGCUUUUUAUUUUUAUCUAAACACAUGCUGAAAGAUUUUCAGAGAGUGCGCGUGCUCGUGUGCGUGCGGGCGUGUGCGCGUGCGUUUGUGCGCGUGUAUGUGCGUGAUCCUGCUUUUUAAAUGCCUGUUCUGACUGAAGACUGAAGGAGGAACAUCAUAAUCAUAUUCUGCGUGUAAUCAUACACCAUGAUGGAAAGACGACUCUCCGGCUCUCCAGCACCUUAAACUUUUGUUACUUUAAGAUAUUGUUUCUUCCUGAAGCAGAAAGACACUUAUGACUGUGAGGCUCUGGAGUUUUAUUCCCAGUUUGAGGGAUUUCUUUUCCAGGUAGUUGCUGGAGUAAUUUUAUAAACCUGACCAUGUUGGAUAACGACAGGUAUGCAGGCAAGAAGAGGAAGAAGCCUGUUCAGAAACAGAAGCCUGUUAAUGAUGGCACUAAGACCAAUCCAUCGAAGCGGCACAGGGAUCGCUUGAACGGCGAACUGGACAGGCUGACCAACAUGCUGCCCUUCCCUGAGAAUGUGCGCACUCGCUUGGACAAACUCUCCGUCCUGCGUCUGAGUGUGGGCUACCUGAAGAUGAAAAGCUUCUUCAAUGCCACCAUGAAGAAAAACAACCUGGAGUUUUACACAGGGACGGGUUUAGAUGAAAACAAGCCGGAUGCCAUGGGCUUCUCCGAAGGGGAUCUUCUCCUUCAGGCACUCAAUGGUUUUGUACUGGUGGUCACUGCAGAGGGUUACGUGUUCUAUGCAUCACCAACCAUCCAGGACUACCUCGGCUUCCAUCAGUCUGAUGUGGUCUACCAGAGUGUGUUUGAGUUCAUCCAUAUAGAUGACAGAGACUUGUUCCGAAGGCAGCUUCAUUUUGCCCUCAACCCAAAGCUGAGUGAGGCGGAAGUUGAUGGUACGCAGAACAGCAGUGACAUUACAAAGAAUAUGGUGACCUACGACCCACAGCACAUCCCACCCGAAAACUCAUCUUUCCUCGAGAGGAGCUUUGUAUGUCGAUUCCGAUGCCUCUUGGACAACUCAUCUGGGUUUCUGAAACUGAGUUUUCAAGGAAGGUUGAAGUUCCUGCUCGGGCAGAAUAGGAAGCAUGAGGAUGGUUCUGUAGUCCAGCCUCAGCUUUCUCUUUUUGCCAUUGCAACUCCUGUUCAGCCAUCGGCCAUCCUAGAGAUCCGUACUAAAACGCUGUUAUUUCAGACCAAGCACAAGCUGGACUUUACUCCGAUGGGUAUUGACUCCAGGGGCAAAAUUGUGUUGGGUUACUCAGAAAUUGAGCUAUGCAUGAGAGGCUCUGGGUAUCAAUUCAUUCAUGCAGCAGAUAUGAUGUACUGCGCCGACAAUCACAUCAGAAUGAUAAAGACUGGGGAGAGUGGUAUGACCGUUUUCCGACUUUUAACCAAGAAUGGAGGAUGGGUUUGGGUCCAGGCAAAUGCCAGGCUUGUGUACAAAGGAGGACGCCCUGACUUCAUUAUUGCUCGUCAGCGUGCGCUUGUAAAUGCGGAAGGAGAAGAGCACUUGCGCCAGAGGAGAAUGCAGCUUCCCUUCAGCUUCACCACAGGUGAAGCAGUGCUCUACGAGACCAAUCCUGCACCCGACAUGCCGAAUCCCACAGCCACAAACGAAGCGAACCAGAAGACAUGUGUCCCGAGCUCGAUCCUUGAUUCUAUGCUAAAACAAGACAAGUCGAUCUAUCUUCAGGAGACCAAGCCUCAAUUUUCAGCAGAUGAUGCCUUUUUGGAUAGCUGGGCUCUUUUCAACGUGCCCAGUCAUGUCGUGGGAGAUGAAAUCUCAAACGAGGAGGACACUGUCGUGUCCAUGAUUGACGCCUUGGAGCAGUUAGCUCAUGAUGGAGAUCUGUGCACGGCACUUCAGCAAAUGGAGGUGGACACGGCCAAUCUGAAAGGGUGGGAAAAUGCCAUUUUGAGGAUGACGAAAGACACCAAUGGCAAUGACAAACCUCUUAGCCUUGAUGAAAUCCUCGCCAAUGACAUAUUCUUCUAUGUGGAGGAUGCGUUAUACAAGGAGAAUUAUAUGAGUUCUACAGUGCCAAUAAACAACAUGAAAACCGAUCCAUUUGGAGGACAUUCCUCAAAUCCCAUGCAUUCUGGUUUUGACUUUACACAAAACUUCGCUAACACAGGAGCAGACAAAAAUGAUUUAAGGACUGAUAGAAUACUAAACUCUAUCGAUGUAACUGGGCAACAAAUGAACAGAAUGCUAAGUACAGAUGCAAGCAUUUCAUGGUGCGCAGAAAGAUCUUCUCAGAAUCACCUGAAUAACUCCCACCUAGGCCAGACUGGCCAGUUCACAAGUGGUAGCAAAGUCUCCCAGACCAAGAUGCCUCUGGGUUUUACAGUGACAGAAAGCAUGUUAAACGUUGCCCCCUGUAAUGGUUGGGGGCCAUCAAAACCCACUGAGAAUGGCAGAACAUCCAAGCUGGAAAGUACAGAAUCCUACUGCCAGUUUGCAUCCUAUUCUGCUAAUCAAGUUAAAGAGCCACAAAUAAAUCAUUCACCAAAUUAUAUUCACAAGCAAAGCCAAACAACUACAAAUCCUUGGAACAAUACAUGUACAAGUCCCUCCUUGUGCUUAUGCAGAAACUGCCAAAAUCUCUCAAAAUUCCCGCAGCCAAACAAGAUUCAAGCUUGGCAAACUGCAUUACCGGAGCAGCCCUGUGCCAGCCUGGUCAACAAUAGACUUGCAUCCGAGGGCUGUUACCAGACUUUGGAGACGUCAGGAUUCCCUCCAGCUGAUCUUCUGCCAGACAGCUCUCAGAGCUGCAAUGAUAAACAAAUCAACUUUAUCAACAAAGUGUACCAGUCACCACAGAAUGGACUGGCUUCUAACGAGUGUUCACCGCUCAGUAGUUGCAUGUUUAAGAACCAGUCUCCACUCAGUACAAACAUGGAUCAGCAGCAUCAUCAAGCACAUGCUGUGACCAUCUCGUCAUGUGGCAAGAGUACACUGCCCAUCAACCAGAGUCCUCCACAAGGAUCCUGUUACUUUCAGUGGACGUCCAGCGAGCCGCUGGAGGGCACGUCUUCGAUUCCACAGGAGGAUACUUGCAUCAGUCCUCCGUCGUGCCAGAUUACACCUGGCAUUACUACUCUGGACAGUCACAGUGUCUUCCAGACUUACAUUGGCUGCAAUGGAAACAUAUAGGCGAUAAAAGACCACUGAUCAUCACAAUGAAGACAUCACAAUUUUUUGUCCUCACCUUUUCAUUGGACAGCAAAGGCAGCUGAUGUUUAUGGACAUAAGGGGUCUCGACUAAAACUUCCCAAGCUCCUUUGUACCAAAAUUGAGAUACACAUCACAACGAACUGUACUCAUGCCUAAAGAAUAGCCCACCGUUAUCUAAGUAGUAUAGCUGAUUGAUAUUGCUGAAUAUUAAGCAUUGUCCAUAUUAGAAAUAAUUUCGGUCCAAAUUGGAGCCAUUGUUAAUUGUUAAUUAAUCGAGUCGUUGUUUGAAAUUGAGUGGACUGAUGUUAGCUUGUGAUUUGGCAGGUUGUUCUCAUUGUCUAGCUCGCUUUCUUGAUUUUUUUUUAAAGGAUAUUCCUUUUGCACAGCAUAUUUUCCACUUCUAAACAGUAUCUUAUGAUUAGCUCUACGUGUAAUGCCAGAGUGUCCAUAGUAUUCCUCUGACUCUACCGCAUGAUGCUUUUUAUUAAGUAACAUACUACAGUAAUAUUUACACUUGAUAUUCACAUUAUUGUCUUUGAAUUAACAUUAAUAAUAUAAUAGCAAUAUUUUUAUGGCAUAGAUUGUUUUAUCAGCAAGACACAGUGACAUUUACAGUGUUUCACGCUUCUAUGCUAUAUGUAUAUUUUACAGUGUACAAUGUAUAUUCACCUUACAACUCAGCAUAUAUAUUAUUCUCUUUUUUACCUUUGUGACAAAUGUUUUCUUUUGACAAAUGUUUAUACAAACAAAUGAAAUGUAUUUUCCAAGUAUAAUUAUGGAAAUCAUUUUAUAUGCAGUAUAUAUAAA